UGGAACGUCCUUCGAGGGCGUUCCAAUCUGCAUGCUGCUGGAAAAAAAAAAUCCACUUUACCAGACUCUUAAUUACUAUCACGGUUUCACCUCCAUGACAAACACCGGAGACCAACAAUGAAGCCCAACAGUCAAGUGCUCAAACACAAAUCUUCUCAUGACACAGAGAGGGAAUUUGGAGGAACCCUGGGUGCUGUGUGCAUUCCUAUCUUUCUUCCAUUGACGGUGCUCUUCCUGAUCUCCGUGAGUCGAUCCCCUGAGGCCAGUGUGCUCCAGUGGCCACCUUCCCUCCCCUCCACUGAGCAGCUGUGGGACCCUCUGGCCCCUGUGAUUCUGCUGGGCUGGAUCGGUCUGCAUGCACUUCUCUAUAUGAUGCCACUAGGAAAGGUGUCUGAAGGAUUAGUGCUGAGAGAUGGAAAACGUCUCAAGUAUCCCAUAAAUGGUUUUCAUGGCCUGUGCGUCAGCGGAGUGCUGCUCAUGUUGUUUCUGGGGCUCGGGGCUCCUCUGGGGUAUCUGUUUGAGCUGCUGGUGCCUCUGGCCGUAUGUGCAAUAACAGUGUCAUUCCUGUUCUCCAUCUACCUCUACAUCCGCUCCUUUUGGGCUCCUUCACAUGCUCUCGCUUUGGGGGGCAACACAGGAAAUCCUCUUUAUGACUUCUUCAUCGGACGGGAGCUCAACCCUCGGAUUGGAAACUUUGACCUUAAAUAUUUCUGUGAACUCAGACCAGGUCUGAUCGGUUGGCUGGUCAUAAACCUGGGCAUGCUGAUGAAGGAGGUGGAGCUCAGAGGAUCCCCGUCACUCGCCAUGAUUCUGGUCAACAGUUUCCAGCUUCUGUACGUGGCGGACGCUCUGUGGAACGAGGAGGCUGUUCUGACAACCAUGGACAUUGUGCAUGAUGGUUUCGGCUUCAUGCUGGUCUUCGGUGACCUGGCCUGGGUCCCCUUCACUUACGGCCUGCAGGCUGCCUUCCUGGUCGUGCACCCACAGACCCUGAGUUCACUCGGAGCAGCAGUAAUAAUAGCACUGAAUGGUAUUGGAUACUAUAUUUUCAGAAAAUCCAACUCUCAGAAGAACCAGUUUAGACGAGACCCUACACAUCCAAGUGUUGCAAGACUGGAGACCAUCGCCACAGCAACAGGGAAACGUCUGCUUGUGUCCGGCUGGUGGGGUCUGGUUCGUCAUCCUAAUUACCUCGGUGACCUCCUGAUGGCCCUGGCCUGGUCUCUGCCAUGUGGUUUCUCACAUCUCCUGCCGUACUUCUACGUUAUAUAUUUCACCGUCCUGCUGAUUCACAGAGAGGACCGCGAUGAGCGACAGUGCAGGGCCAAAUAUGGACUAGCAUGGGAGACCUACUGCAGACGGGUGCCCUACAGGAUCUUCCCUUAUAUUUACUGAGCAACGCAGCAGAGGAGUUGAAUGGGACCAAAACUAUCACACAAGUCCAAAAAACUUAGCAAUAACUUGAACAGAACAUUCUUUCUUGGAGGAUCAUUAUUUUAAAUUUAAUAUUCAAUUCAAUGUGACCUGAAAAUUAAACAAGGAAACUAUUAGGCUGUGAGAAUAAUGAGCCGGCAUGGCCUUUUGCCCUCAUUCAUUUUUCUCACGACUUAAAGGCUCCAGCUGUAGUACAUCUGAAGAUAAUGUUUCAUGUCUCGACUGUUUCAUGAAACUUCUUGGAAAAAGUAUCUUGAAUAUCUCUUGAAAUACAUUUCCAUACAAACAUUAGUGCCUUUUUUGAAUUAAAAAAAAAGUCACUGGCAUUUUUUAAAUGUUUUUGUUGUUUUGUGUUUUCUAUGUUUUACAUUUGAAAUAAAUAUAUAAAAUAGCAGCCGACAGGAGCCUUUAUGUUUGGAAUUUGCAUGUUCUUCCUGAGGAUGAAAAGGAACUCAUUAAGUCAUUUUGGGACGUUUAAUUGCUGAGGUGUGAGUGGUUGUUUUUUUUUGACUGCUGGGAUCAGCUCCAGCACCCCCACUCCCCUAACAGGAUAAGUAGUAUAGACGAUGGAUAGAAGGAUGUAUAAAAACUACAAACUGCACUGAAUCAUGCCUCUUAAUAACAGUUUCGGAGAGUUAUUUGUACCUCUGAGCAUUGUGUGUAACAAAAUAAAGUUUGGUUAAUAUAG